AUGCAGCACGCUCCGACAACGCCGAGCAAUGGUGCGCCCGGCAUGAUGCGCUACCCAAUCCCUCCGCAAGCACCAGUCGAUGGGCGACAUGCAACCGGCGUGCGAGGCAAGAAGGACAUCAAGAGAAGGACGAAGACUGGAUGCUUGACUUGUCGGAAACGAAGAAUAAAGUGUGACGAAAGUCAGCCAACCUGUCGCAACUGCACCAAAAGCAAACGGGACUGUCUGGGCUACGAUCCCAUCUUCAAGCAGCAGACGAGCCCCGCGCCCAUUCAGCCCGCUCCCGCCUCCACCACCGCCACCGCAGCAUCAAGUGCCACGUUACCGUUACCACCCAAUCCGUACCCGCCAGCUCAUACAUACUCUGCGACUGUCUUCUCGCUCCGUAUCGACGACCUAUUCGCGCUCAAUGACGUGCCGCCACGUUACGAAACCCACCCAGCACGCUUAGCAUCACUAGCCUCGCAGCAAGAACUCAGCGACUUCUACACCUUCCACUAUGCGCCGGGCCUUGACCGACUAUUCGAGACGACCUGGUACGCCGCGCAUGGCUUCGCGCAUUUACAAGCAAAUCCAGAACUUGCGGACUUCGUCUUAGCAUGUGCCGAGCAAUUCAAGUCCUCAGUUGAAAGCUCUCAUGUCGCUAACCAGCUACGGUCUCUGGAAGCAUGCCUAGUCUGGCGCCUGGCAUCAAUGCCGCGCUCAGCGAAUCCAGGUAUCCCGGAUCUCGCGACCCGCGUUGAUACACUUGAGCACCUGCUCACCGGCACCUUCCUGGAUAUGACGAGAAUGCCUCCACAGCCUAGCGCAGAACAAGGCCGGGAAUCGUACGAAGCUGAGACGUUCUGGUACAAUCUCGCACUCUUCACCGCAGCGCGCGACGACCGACCUGACCAAGGUGCAACGCAGCAGAUUGACCAUUCGUUGGGCGUAAUGCGCGGCAUCCUUCGCCAGAAGGAGAACCGCGACGUGCUCUACUCCGUGGCGAUCGGGCGCUAUAUCGGCGGUAGAACGCCUGACUUCCAUCCUCAACGGCAUCUCCUAGCGUCAACGAACGACUCGAAUGAGGACGUCAACAAGCUCAUUGUUGCGCAACAAUUUAUUGAAGCUGAGAAUCAGAGCGGUACUUCUCAAGUAGUCCAGCGCAUCUGCAGUAUGGCGCUGCGAGGGUGGCUUCUGCAAAAGCAGUGA